CCUCGUCGCCGACACCGCCGCCUUGCCGGCGACACUGCGGUCGUCGUCUCCGAUGGUGACACCACCUCUGCCAUCUCCCCCAGCCCCCUCCCCAGCUCCCAGAACCACUAUUUCCUCAUCACAACCCUAGGCCGUCCACCGCCCACCGCCCACCCGAUGCAACAUAUCACCUCAAAAUCCUAGGCACCGGUAACCUCAUCACAAAUAUGGAAAUGAGGACGACGAUGGCGUGCGACCGUGUUCGAACUCGCCCCUGGAUCUCCUCAAAGCGUAAUCGAUCGAACAGAAAAUAAGAAAAGGAGAAGAAGAACAUAAUGGGCGGCGACGUGGGAUAUUACGGUGGAGGAGACGCCAGUACCUCCUCGAGGCAGAGCUUGAGCGAAGAUGAGAGGAGAACAUUUGGAGGAGUUUCGAAAAUCGCAGAGCUCGGCGGAUGCGGUGGCCAUGGAUGUGCGGCUGGAGGCGAUGCUUUGAGUGCACUGAAGAAAAAAUUGGAUGAUCCAACCAAUGUUCUGCAGAGUUGGGAUGACACCCUUGUGAAUCCCUGCACCUGGUUUCAUGUUACCUGCAACAAGGAAGACCAAGUUACUAGAAUUGAUCUAGGAAAUGCAGGAUUGAGUGGUCAACUGGUUCCGGAGCUUGGUAACCUUUCAAGUUUGCAGUACUUGGAGCUCUAUCAAAACAAUAUAAGUGGCACAAUUCCUGAGACACUAGGCAACGUAAGAAGCUUGGUGAGCUUAGAUCUGUACUUGAACAACUUGAAUGGUAACAUACCUGAGACUUUGGGCAAUCUCAAAAACCUGCGCUUCCUGUAAGAGUUACAAUUGCAUGUACUGUGUUUUUCUUCUUCAAUUGUUGUCCCUGUUGAGCUUUAAGUCUUCAACCUAUGAAUUAUAGCCAUUUUUCAGGUACACAUCACACAUCAGGGCGUGUGCACACCGCUAUACAUUUAAAAGAAGUA